UGAGGGUUCAGGGCACUGAGGGCCGAGCCAGAGGAUGGGAAGAGAGAGAUCCUUCCCUACACCAAGCCCAGAAUAUUCUAGAAAAAGCGAGGAAAACCCAAGAAAGCAAAACUAGCUUUAGGGAGGGUUUUUUGGCACCAAACAGAAGGAGCAGCCACGGACAUGCGAACCGAACUUAAAGGAAGAGGAAGAGUCAGACUGACUUCUCUGGGAAGUGAAGGGAGUGAAGUAGAAAACCUAGUCCUUCCCUCGCCCCAUCCCUCUUUGCACACAGGCCAGUUAGUUGGAGCUGGAUGGAGGGACCAAGACAGUCACAUUCCGAAAGAAGAAACUAAGGUCUCCUAUCGCGACAGGAAAGCCUGACUUUCCAGUUCGAAACCUUGAUUGGAACGGGGAAGGAAAAAUGGAAGAAUGGAGAAGCCAGGAGCAGAAGGCCCAGAGAAGGAAGGAAGGGUCCGAAGGAGCCUGAUUAGAAGAUGGAUAAGGUCUUGGCUUUUACUGUUAGUUAUUUCUGCUUUGCGUCUUCCUCUGACUUCUUCCAUGGCAAGACGCAGUCCAAAACAAAAGGAAAGAGAGAAAGAGAGAAAGAGAGAAAGAGAGAAAGAAAGAAAGAAAGAAAGAAAGAAAGAGAGAGAGAGAGAGAGAGAGAGAGAGAGAGAGAGAGAGAGAGAGAGAGAGAGAGAGAGAGAGAGAGAGAGAGAGAGAGAGAGAGAGAGAGAAAGAGAGAAAGAAAGAGAGAAAGAAAAAAGUUUGCCAAUGGGGCGCUAGCUCUUUUGCUGGAGGGCGGAGGAGGGUGGGAUAAGGGAUCCCGCUUUCCAAGUAGCCCUACCCAAAUAGGGAAGCUUCUCGCCAUUUUCCUAACUCCACAACUCUAAAAAUUUCUUGCCUCUUCGGAUAAUCCAGAAGAGCAGAGAUCGCCACCGAGAUACAAUUCUAGCCGAAACAGCUCUCCUGGGAUUGCUCUCACCACUCCCCCCACCCCACCUCACCUCACUCCCACCCCUACCCUCAAAGCACUUCUUGCAGUUCCCGUCUUCCUCCUUUCCCCCCUCUUCCUAAGGGAGAAGGAGGGAACAGCUUACAGUUCGGUGAUUCACUGAAGAGGGGAAGCUGUUGUGGGGGGCGGGGGAAAGGGGCGGAGGGAACAGCCCCAAAGUGCCAAAUAAAAAGGGCUAGUCGACAAAACGCACGCAACUCUCAGCCAGCGCAAGCGGCUGCACGAGUAGCCAGGUGGGGGCAAAAUUGGCUUAGCUGACUCGCUGGCUCCUCUGUGUGGCUGCAGCCCAGUUUGGGGAGGGUCCCUGGGCACCUCACGGGCCUGGGCACGUUGGGGCAGAUGCACUUUUCCCCCUACCCAAGUCCACCUCCCCAGCUGAGGGGACUCUUCCCAACCUUCUUUUAGAAACUUGGGGUGGAAGGAAGAGAGAAGUAGGAAGUAGUUUUCCCCACACCCCCUCACCCCACUUUUAGUUUAUUUCCCCCUGGUGAGUGUCAAGGAUAUCGAGAAAACGCAGAAAGAGGGAGGGGAACCAGAAAGCAGUGGAGAAAGUGAUCAGGCAGCCUGCGGUCCUCUUGGAACCCCAGAGCGUCAGUUGCAAAAACGGCAUAGUCUUGCCAAUGUGGGAUGAGGGGCAGAAGCUAAGGAAAACUCUCCUCGGAUCGCUAUAUUCUUAAGGAGAGGGCACCCAUCGGAGGGUAGGUGUUACUGCCUAUCCCCCAUUGCUGCUGAAGGAUGUUGGGACCUUGGCAUCCAAAAAGUCCCAGCUCUGGGCUGACUUUGUCUCCUUUCUCCAUGAAGCUUUUUUGAGGGAGGGGUGUGAGUCUUUUGUUGUUAUUGUCCCCACUUUGAGAGAGGAUGUUGGGAGGAAAAUAAGUAGAAAACAGCCUUCUCCCACCUUGGUCCCCACUUUCAUUCUGCUCAUGCAGCACUUCAGGAAGAUACAGACAAAGUCAUUGAAGUUGAUGUCAAAUAGGAUGAACCCCCGCUUUUCUGCAGGGUCCACCCUGUAACUGCCUGAAUGACCUUCUGUCUGCAUGUUUUUGCCCAAGGUGGCUUGGAGGGUACUGCUUGAGCUCCGCAAACUAGACUCUGGAAGGGGUGCAUGGCCCCCAGGGGUUGCCCGGGGCCGCAGCCGCCUCUGCAGCCACAGCCACUGCCACCGCCAGCAACUGGGAUCUGGCAGGGGAAAAUGUUAGCCAUGGGAGCGCUGACAGGCUUCUCUGUGCUCAGCCUCCUUACCUAUGGCUACCUGUCCUGGGGCUAUGGCCUGGAAGAGGAAGAGGAAGGGACUACAGCCAGACCCCCCCACGCUAGAGAGGGGCCAGAGUCCAGCUCAUCUGCAAGCUCUCAGCCUCAUAUCGUGUUCAUCCUAGCUGAUGACCAGGGAUUCCGAGAUGUAGGAUACCACGGAUCAGAAAUCAAGACGCCCACUCUGGACAAACUCGCUGCCCAAGGGGUUAAACUGGAAAACUACUACGUCCAGCCUAUUUGCACACCGUCCAGAAGUCAGUUUAUCACUGGAAAGUAUCAGAUUCACACCGGGCUUCAGCACUCUAUCAUAAGACCUACUCAGCCCAACUGCUUACCUCUGGAUAAUGCGACCCUACCUCAGAAACUAAAAGAAGUUGGUUAUUCAACUCAUAUGGUUGGAAAAUGGCAUUUGGGGUUUUAUAGGAAAGAAUGCAUGCCAACCAAGAGAGGAUUUGAUACUUUUUUUGGCUCCCUCCUGGGAAGUGGUGAUUACUAUACACACUACAAAUGUGACAGCCCGGGGAUGUGUGGGUAUGAUUUAUAUGAGAAUGACAAUGCUGCUUGGGACCACGAUAAUGGCAUAUACUCAACACAGAUGUACACUCAGAAAGUGCAGCAGAUUUUAGCUUCUCAUGACCCAAGGAAACCGAUAUUUUUGUAUAUUGCAUACCAAGCUGUUCACUCACCCCUGCAGGCACCAGGAAAGUACUUCGAACAUUACAGAUCCAUUAUCAACAUUAAUCGGAGGAGAUACGCUGCCAUGUUGUCGUGCUUGGACGAAGCCAUCAACAAUGUAACCCUGGCUUUAAAGAGGUAUGGUUUCUAUGACAACAGCAUCAUCAUCUACUCUUCAGAUAACGGAGGACAGCCUAUGGCCGGAGGAAGCAACUGGCCUCUCAGGGGAAGCAAGGGAACCUAUUGGGAGGGAGGAAUCCGAGCCGUUGGCUUUGUUCACAGUCCACUUCUGAAAAACAAAGGAACUAUAUGUAAAGAACUCGUUCAUAUCACAGAUUGGUAUCCCACGCUGAUCACACUGGCUGAAGGCUGGAUUGAUGAGGACACUCAGUUAGACGGCUAUGACAUCUGGGAGACCAUAAGUGAAGGUCGGCGCUCUCCACGCGUGGACAUCUUGCACAACAUUGACCCCAUUUACACAAAAGCCAAAAAUGGCUCCUGGGCAGCAGGCUUCGGGAUCUGGAACACAGCUAUCCAGUCGGCGAUUAGAGUGCAACACUGGAAAUUGUUGACAGGGAAUCCGGGCUAUAGCGACUGGGUCCCCCCUCAGUCUUUCAGCAAUGCCGGACCCAAUCGGUGGCAUAACGAAAGAAUUUCCUGGUCCACCGGCAAAAGUGUUUGGCUUUUCAACAUUACAGCUGACCCCUAUGAGCGUGUAGACCUUUCGAGUAGGUAUCCAGGGAUUGUGAAGAAGCUUUUAAAGAGACUGUCUCAAUUCAAUAAAACUGCGGUCCCUGUCAGGUAUCCACCCAAAGACCCCAGGAGUAAUCCAAGGCUCAAUGGAGGAGUCUGGGGGCCAUGGUACAAAGAAGAUGAUAAGAAAAGGAAACCAGGGAAGAACAAGGGUGAAAAAAAGCAGAAAAAAGGUAAAACCAAGAAGAAAAAACAGCGGAAAAAAGAGCAGUUUCUCAAUUGCCAACCAGACCUUACUCGUGGGUAAUCAUAAAGCAUUGUGUUGGGUGAAACAUAAAUCCAACCCUACUUUGCCCCAGUUCAACUGUCAAAGCCAGCUUGGUAAUAAGACUGCCUGAAAACCUCAGAUCUCUUCUCAUAUGGUGCCAGUGCAGAGCAGCCUCGGUCUCAAACUUGACCUCAGUCUUCCUGACCCCCCACAAACAGCCUUGUCAAGACCUUUCUUCUGCUUCAUACCAAAGAUGCCAUUCCUACGGGUAGCAUUUCAGAUGAUGCUGUUUAUCAGCGCUUUUAUUUGCUCCUUUCACAAAGGUCAGGUGUUGGUAUAACAGUUUCUACACUUCCACAAUUGAACAAAUCUUUUUUUUUUUUUUAAGUAAAGAAGGGGAGAUAUGACCAUCACUGAAAAUCCUGCUAGUGUGAAAGCGAUUAGAAGGCAGCAAGGAUAACACUGAUCUUAGGGAAGCACAAUAGAAGGCCAUAGAAGUGACGUUGGAAAAGACCUAAUUUUUUGCUGGAUGUGUAUGUGUGUGUGUGUUACACAAGAAGAUGUUUUGCUAUUAUUUUUUCCCUCACUGAAGUUUUCCUUCUAGUAAAAAUAAGUGAGAAGUCUCAUAUGGGAAACAGCUUGUACCUCAUAUGAUCCUGCAUGUAUAAGAAGGGCAAGAAAAGGCCUUUGAGCACACUGCCAAAAAAAAUUACUAUAAUUAUUGUUUAAUUGUUUUAAUAAAAUAUGGCACUUCUGCAUAAAAAGCCUAAUUUAUUUUUUACAGAGACAAAAUAAUUAUUUUGCUGUCAUCAAUGGCCAUGCAAAGAUGCUUUUAUUGUUUUAUUUUUAUUUUCCAAGUAACAGUAGAAGAUUGUUUUUUAAUUUGAUCCUCCUAAAUGACAAAGCACUGUAAAAGUCUGAGUUACUGUAAGCACUGCUGGAAUGAGGAGAGUACUGAAGGGAAAUCAUCCAGGUGAAGAAUCUGAAUAGACAUCGUUCGCCCAUUAUUUUGAAUGUAAUGAGAGGAGGACUUUGUUCAAGAGUUACCUGGAAUAAUUUAGUGUUGUGUCCAAGCAAAAGCUAGACACCUUUAUUGUUUCUAUGAUCAACACUUUAUUUAUAUAUCUAUUAAAUAGUUUAUUUUUAUGGCAUUCACAAA